AGAUAGAUAGAUAGAUAGAUAGAUAGAUAGAUAGAUAGAUGACUCUGACAGAAGAAUCUGUUACUUGUACCUGAAGUGUUUUACUGUAUUUAUGGUCUACCACAACUGGUUUGUACUUGAACCUAAUAACAUAUUAAUAAUCAGAUCCAUGUCUCUGUCCUCUCAGACACAGUGUCUAGUUUGUCUGUCUAUCUCUCUUGUCUUUUCUUUUUUUUCUUGGCUACAGUCACUUUUCUGCCAAGUAUGUCUGUUGCACCUAAACCUCUGUUGCCCUGGAGACAAACCAGACUGGUCCAUCCAGUUCCACUGUCCUUGGUGGGAACUCAUCAUCAUCAUAAUCAUCAUCAUCAUCAUCAUGACUGCCAACUGAUGCCGGCAUGAAAUGUGAAGAAUGUGCUUUCAAUCAGAGCUUUCAGUACUUGAGACUUGUUGUUGUUGUCCAGUCCUGGUCCAGUCAUACGAGGGAGUCUGACAGCAGAUGGAGGAGCUUUAAGACGCUCUAACCCAGUGACGACCAUACCUUAAGACAUGGGAAACUGCAACGACUCCUCAGUGGAGGAACUACAGGCCUGUGAGAGUCACCAGUGGUACAGGAAAUUCAUGACCGAGUGCCCAUCGGGACUUCUCACCUUCUACGAGUUCAAGAAGUUCUUCGGCCUCAAGAAUCUGUCCGUGUCGUCGGACGCCUACGUCCGGACUAUGUUUCAAACGUUUGACAUGAACAAUGACGGUUUCAUCGAUUUCAUGGAGUAUGUGGCCGCCCUGAGUCUGGUGCUGAAGGGGGAAGUGAAGCAGAAGCUCCGCUGGUAUUUCAAACUCUAUGACAUUGAUGGAAGUGGCUGCAUCGACCGCGACGAGCUGCUUCUGAUAGUAAAGUCCAUUCACGCCAUCAAUGGAAUCGCUCAAGAAAUAUCAGCAGAAGACUUUACCAACAUGAUGUUUGACAAGAUUGACAUCAACGGAGAUGGUGAACUGUCUUAUGAAGAGUUCAUGGAGGGGAUUCAGAACGACGAGAUGCUCCUGAAGAUGCUGACAGAGAGUCUGGACCUGUCACACAUUGUCAAAAAGAUCCAAGGAGAGAUCAGAGCUUACAAUUAGUUGGUUGUUUUUUUUGUUUUUUUUCCCCGACAGUCUCUGAAGGACACGUUUGUCUCUAUAACUGUGCCAGAGCUGAACGAGUGGAGACGUGGGUUCAGGACAGUCCACAGAUCUGAACUGUACGUUUGGUUUGUGUGUGUGCUCAUUAAUUAAGACCUUCAAUAAACACAGAGAUGUCGUCAUUAGCUUUCAAAUGCAACAUACACCAACUACCUCACGACUUCCACUGCUUUCACCAAGCACCGUUUUUUACAAGCUACAGUGUAUAUGUGUGUGUCAGUGAGUCACAUUUACAUUGUCUAUGCUGCUUUAUGAUGACGAGCUGAUUGUACUCAAUUCAAUUGUGAGUCGCUUUGGAUAAAAGCGUCUGCUAAAUGACAUGUCAUGUAAUGUAAUGAUAAAUGUUCACAUAUGUCAUAAGUAUACACAAUCAGUGCAUCCUCUGUAUUAUUGCUAUGAUUUUGGAAACUGCAGCACGUUGUUUUAGAAUAGAUACACAAUCAUCUUCACAUGUUUUGGUUGACUGACUCUUUUGAGACACUGCAGAAAAUAAGGAACUUUUCACAUCUAACUUUACUGAGCCUAAGAUCCCAUUGCAGCAAUAAACAAAUAAACACAUGCACGCACACCAUUCA